AUGUCCAACGGACACGACACAGACUUGUCGGCAUCAACAGGAUCAACGACAGUCGCUCCACCAAAUACAUCCAACCAAACAUUGAUACCGCGUCUCAGACCUGACGAUUCUUAUUACAUAGAGGUCGGACCCAUCGGAACGGUCAAUCCCGCCGUGUCACGCACGCUCUGCGUCCCGGCCUACCUCACGUUCGACCAGCUCCACACCGUGAUCCAGAUAGCCUUCGACCUGCGGAGCGACCCGUACUACCAGUUCAAUAUCUCACACAAGGGGUCCUGGCCAGAUGAGGACUCCGCCGUCGCCAACGAACACUACUUUGACCACAUGCAGCGCGACAUCAAGUACUUUGCCAACUUCGUGCCGAGUACGGCAUGGAAGCGCGCGCGGACGCGCAUGGCGGACGAGGCGUUGAUCCACCACGGCUUCUGGGGGAUUGGCCGCAAUGAAGCCGGCCAGCCGAUCGACUACCUCUACGUCUACGGCGCCAACCCCAACGCGGAGCACGGCGGGCUGGGCUUUACACAGAGGACUUUUUGUGCGGGUGGGACGGGCCACACCAUCGCUGAGAACUGCAAAGGCCCGGCUCACUGGGAGAGACUGAAAGUCGCGUGCAGAGCAGGAUCCAGAAACCAGAACACGUACCGCAGUCUGGGCAGCGGGUGGGUGUGGCGCGACGAGGAUGACAAGCUGCGCCGGUGGUUCGAGAAAGACUGCAUCAACGGGCACAACCUGUACCCGGACGGGCUCGAUCCCGACAGCUGGGACAUCUUUGACGUCAACGCGCGGCUGCGCGAGAACAGACGGUUGCCGCGGCGACUGAGGAGCCGGGCCGUGAGGAUUUCGAGGAGGAUGGUGGAACAGUUUACGGGGGAGCGGGUGGAUAAAUGGGGGGGUCUCUCUUGGCGGGAGGCGUGGAGGGGAGCGUGA